UUCUAUUUUUCUGUGUUUGUGAACUGCACUUAAGUAUUAUCCUUUAUCAGUCUUGGGAGGAGGAUAAGUUGCCAUGAUGGAAGGCCAAGCUUCGGGCAAGGAGCUUGUGGUGCGAAUCAACGGGCAGGACUAUAGCGUGCCACCCGAAUUAGCGAAUGCUCCGCUGGCAUCCUUCAUAAAGACGAGGACGCCGUUUAAGAGCGUGAAAGUUGCGUGCGGAGAAGGCGGUUGCGGCGCAUGCACCGUUGCAGAUGUAGAGGAACGCGAUGGACGACCCUACCUGCGCACCUUCAACUCCUGCCUCGCGCCUGUCUACUCCGUUCGCGGCCGCUCGCUGCUCACGGCGGAGGGACUGCCGGCAGCGGCGGCGGCGGGCGGAGGGACGUCCUUGGUGGCGGACCGCCUGGCGUCCUUCCACGCCAGCCAGUGCGGCUACUGCACCCCGGGCUUCACCGUCGCGGCGCACGCGGCGCUGCACAACGCCGCCGCCACUGCCGCCGCCAGCCCAAGCGGCCACCACAGCCAUCACCACCGCGGCGAGCACGCCAGCUGCGGCGGCGGCGGCUGCGACGGCAAUGGUGGCUGCAGCAGGUCUGCCGGCGGCGACCGGGGCGCCAAUGCAAGCGGCGGGUGCGGCGGCGGGCUGCUGGCCGGUGAGGAGCUGCGUCGGGCGCUGGAGGGCAACCUGUGCCGCUGCACCGGCUAUCGGCCCAUUGUGGCCGCUUGCAGGAGCCUGGCGGAGGAGGUUGUGGACAUGGAGGACCUGCUGGGGCCGGCAGCUGCGGGGCCUGCGCCGGCAGCAGCGCCGCCGCCGCCUGCAGCUGGGCUCCCGUUGGAGGAGGUGCCGCUGGGCCCGGG